AUGGUUGCAUUGAGCAAUGCUCCACAAAAUCUCAAGUUGACAUCUCGUGAUAUUCAAAAAGAUAUUCUAAAUGUGGCCGCAUUUGAAACUAUCAAUGUGAUUAUUAGAGAUCUUGGUGAUGCACUUUUUUCUAUUUUGAUUGAUGAAGCUCGUGACAUAUCAAUCAAGGAGCAAAUGGAAAUUGUAAUACGAUAUGUUGACAAAAAAGACCAAGUGAUUGAGCGCUUUUUGGGAUAUGAUGGGGCUAGUAAUAUACAAGGUGAGUUCAAUGGUCUUAAAACGCUUAUACUGAAAGAGAAUCCUUGUGCAUAUUAUGUUUAUUGUUUUGCUCAUCAAUUGCAAUUAGCACUUGUAGCCGUGGCAAAGAAUCAUGAUCAAAUUGCUUUACUUUUCACUUUGGUUUCUAAUGUGGUGAAUGUUGUUGGAGCAUCAUGUAAACGCCGAGAUAUUGUUAGGGAGAAGCAAGCUGUAAAAGUUGCUGAAACACUUAGUACUGGAGAGCUAUCUAGUGGGCAAGGCUUAAAUCAAGAAACUAAUCUUAAACGUACUGGUGAUACACGUUGGAGUUCACACUAUGAUACUUUAGUCAGCUUGGCUGGUAUGUUUUCAACAGUGAUUGAUGUGCUUGAAAUGAUUUCGGAGGAUGGUUCAAAUUCAAAACAACGAGCAGAAGCAAAUGUAUUGUUGGACUCAAUUCAAUUAUUUGAGUUUGUAUUCAACCUUCAUUUGAUGAAAACAGUAUUGGCUAUUACAAGUGAGUUAUCGCAAGCACUACAAAGAAAAGAUCAAGAUAUUGUUAAUACCAUGAAUUUAGUUCAAAUUUCUAAAGUACAGCUCCAAAAGAUGAGGGAGAGUGGGUGGACAUCUUUACUUGAUGAUAUUUUGUCUUUUUGUGAAAAGCAUGAAAUUGUUGUUCCUCAAAUGGAUGAUAUGUUUGUAGCUCGAGGGAGAAAAAGACGCAAUGCUCAAGAAAUUACAAACUUACAUUACUAUUGCACUGAGUUAUUCUACACUGUUUUGGAUAUGCAAAUUCAAGAACUAAAUGCUCAUUUCACUAAGUCGAACACUGAGUUUAGUGAGUUAUCAAGGUUGAAUGGAAUUGUCGAUCUUGCUAAGAAAAUGGUGGAGACUGGAAGAGACAAAAUAUAUCCAUUGGUGUAUUUGCUCUUGACUUUAACAUUAAUCUUGCCUGUUGCAACUGCUACUGUUGAGAGGGUAUUUUCAGCUAUGAAUAUUGUGAAGAAUCGGUUGCGGAACCGAAUGGGUGAUGAAUGGAUGAAUGAUAGCUUGGCUGUCUACAUUGAGAGAGAUUUUUGA